GGCGCGUCUGCAGCCAACUUCUAAUCGGAUUGCCUGUUUAAAGUGUGUUUGGUGCUGCGUUAUCUGCGGCGUAAUGGCUGAUUAUGACGUGGGGAAGUGAAGGACGCUGGAAGCUGUCUCGCUGAUACUACCUUGUCUUUGCACGACAGCCAGCUGUUUGUGAACAUAUGUUGCUAACACAAGGUGUAGGCGCCUUGACACUGAAUGUUUGCUUAGGGCAUUAAGGUUUUCAGGUAAGUCCCCCUUCUCUCCAUCUCAGUAUUCUUUAUUCCAUAGGUCAUCAUGGUUGUAUGGCAGCGAAGCACCAGUUCAAAUGGCUGAUGUACCGCUGUCGUUAAUGUUGAGGAUGAGUCCUCCAAUCGUCGUAUCAACAACACGAGACCAGCGGACAAACACACAAUCCACAAUUCUCCACAAAUUCAAUCGUGCACACAUUGACGUAAAUAUGUCGAAAGCCGCUUAUGCGUACGCCAAAACGCACGCGCCAGGGCCCACUGGAACGGAUACUUACGCUGUUCAUGUUGCAAGGACCCCACAGUGCAUAAACAAGUAUGCACCGUACAGAAACCUUGCGACCUCAACACCCAUUACCACCCCCACACCAUACCUCGUCGCAACACACUGUGAAGACAUUCCAUCUCCCCCAACAGAGAACAACACACAUUCCCUCACAACAAUAAAUACAAGGAACCAACCACUCACAAACAUUAAUGCACAAAUACACCUUCCGUCCCCACCUCUGCGCAUCAUCCACACAGGCAAACACACACACACCACACGCCAGUAAAACACAACACACCCAACACAAAUAUUCAGCGAUACACACAUCCAAAUCACCAAAAAACAGGUACCAAACAGUGUACACUGGCAACUCAACGGAAACAUUCACCAGCAACCACACACAAAACAUUAGCCAUAGAUACAGAUCAAUGCAGAGCACCAUAUCAAA